AGAGAGGCUGAUUCAACUUUUGAGCUGAGCUUCUUGUGUGGUAUGUUGUCAUUCUGCUUCGUUCACCGAAAUAACACGUUGCUAGUUCUAACCCGAGUGCUGGAACCUGCCAAGUGUUAUUUCUACGGAGUAUAACCGUCCUCGUUAUGUUUCAGUCACCAAUUCGUUCUUGCCAGUGUUCUUCUUGUGUUCCUGUUUACUGGACGUGAGAAAUGCUUCUUGAGAGCCUGUCUGCCCACAGGAGGAAAAGGGGAGGAGACAGAUCAUAGGAAGGGCAUCAAAGGACAGCUAAUGCAAGGGGUUCACUUGUUUUCUUGCUGUGAAGUAUGUGGAGGUAAAAAGUUUAAACCUGGAGAGUGAGUUUUGCACCUUUAUUCAGGUAAAAAAAAGUCCAGCGCCUGUCUUUGAGAACUUGAAAACAUCCUUCUGAAAAUUCAACAGGGUUCUGUCCGUAUAAAAGGAUGUAUUUGGGCUAAAACCUACGUCUGUGCCAUGUUAACCUGUCUGAGGGUAGUCUUCAGCCUUGCUGCUGUGAUUUUGGUGGAGACUCAGCUUCGCAGUGCCGCAGACCUUUUGCGGCUGAGGUAUAGCUUAUUGUUUCCUUCCUUCCCUGCUGCUGCUGGUGUUGAGAAGUGACACCUACAGAACACCACAGACCGUGCUGUGUAGCAGCUAGCUGUUUGUUCAGCAACUUGUGAGCGGGUGGCCAACCUGUCACACUCGGGCUGGCUCCAUACUCUCAGUCCCUUCCAGCGCGUCUGAGGCGCGCUUUGCUUCCCUGCUAAACGAAGGCACCUCCAGUAUGGGGAAGUUGUUGGUUGGACCUCGGGCUGGACGAAUUGCUCCAGCGCCCUGCGGUCUGCUUCCUGACGUCUGUUGUUCCGAGAACCCCGCAGCCCUUACUCAUCAUUCCCUCCGUCGGGUGCACGUUCGGUCAGAGAUGGCCACGUCCUCUUGCGGAGAGGAGUACCCACGCCUCGGCUGCUGCACGAGGCUGGCAUUCAGUAACUCAGGAAGAGGUGCGGUUAUCACCACUUGCCAGCCGUGUAUCUGUAAAGUCUGUACACAGGGAAUAGAAUCGUAGGGAGCUGUCUGAGAGAAAUGCUUAAUUAUUUUUACUGUUAACUGGGGCUCUCUUGAAUUACUUCUGUGAAAGACUCUGUUGCAGGUUUCUGGAUAGCAUCAGUUAAUGUUUAGAUCGUACUAUAAAAAGGCCAGUGGCAUUACCCCCUCUGCUCCCCGUUACUGCCGGUUGUACUCUUGCAGUAAGCUUCCUCUGUGAAAUCAAAGCUUGUUUCUAGCACUAGACACAUGUAGAAAUCAUUCUAGACUUUGUCUUUAUCCUGCUGCAGGUUCUCCGUGCCGUGUAUCUCCAUGCUUGCCAUUCCAGUGAAACAGGAAAAUUGCGUAGUCGGUUACACAUCUUUGCUGUAGAAAGGCUGCCAGCAGAUAGUGUUUAUCUCAUGUAGUCACGGUAUCUCGGGUGCUUCUCUUCUGAGCACAGACAGAAGAUUAAAGCAAAGUGCAGGUACUUAGGACACGGCUGUUGAUGGAAGAAUUCAUGUAUAAGUACAAACUAAGCAAGGCAAUCUAAUCUUUGAGGACAUGGCAGGGUUCUUAGAUAAUUUCCGGUGGCCAGAAUGUGAGUGUAUCGACUGGAGCGAAAGAAGAAAUGCUGUUGCUUCAAUAGUUGCAGGUGUAUUGUUUUUCACAGGUUGGUGGAUAAUGAUAGAUGCUGCAGUAGUUUACCCUAAGCCAGAACAAAUGAACCACGCGUUCCAUACCUGUGGGGUGUUUUCAACACUAGCUUUUUUCAUGAUAAAUGCUGUAUCAAAUGCUCAGGUGAGAGGAGACAGCUACAGUGACGGAUGCUUAGGAAGAACAGGUGCUCGUGUCUGGCUCUUCAUUGGCUUUAUGCUGAUGUUUGGUUCGCUUAUUGCUUCAAUGUGGAUUCUUUUUGGAGCCUAUGUUACACAGAACACUAAUGUUUACCCUGGAUUAGCAGUGUUUUUCCAAAACGCAUUGAUAUUUUUCAGCACACUGAUCUACAAGUUUGGAAGAACAGAAGAGUUAUGGGGAUGAGAGCUCAUGUCUAGCACUGUCUAUUCCGUAGUUGCUAUGUUGUACUCAGUAUGUAGAUAUACUUACGUUUAUUUGUUCUUGUUUUGCUUUCUAAAUUGUACGAACUGAGACAAAUUAUGGUUUCUGUAAUAAGCUCCCUCUUUUCAUAGAACAGAUUUGUGAAUAUGUACAUAUGACUGUAUAUAUCUUAAAAAGGGAAAGUCAGGCUUUCUUUCUGAAACCUUCAGGCUCAUUUCUUCAAAUACAUGAGUUUCCAUCAACUCUUAAGACUUGAUCUUCCAAACCCUCACGUGUGAGAGAUUUUGGUCAACCUACAAGUGAAUAAGCAGGAUAAAGCCUGUACCCUGUGAAAGGGGUUGUUAUUUUUAUGUGUAGUUUAGCUAUAGCUCAUUUUUCAAGAGUUGACAGCAAGGGCUGCUUCUAUACCUGAAAGGGAGUAGUCAGCUCAUGAAAGUGACCCAGCUAAGCCUGAAUUUUGUGAGGGUAAGUUCUAUUGUAUGCUGAGAUAAGGGUUGAUUUUUGUAUUUUUCUGAACAGUUAUAUACAAUUCUUAAGUAGCUAUUUUUUUGUAAAAGGUUAUGAAUUUUUAAACGAGGCCCUAUUUUAAGUAGGUUCUGCAUGGCAAACCAGCUGUUCUUGACUGAUUGCUAUAGCACAAAUGAAACUUGGUAGCAGCAUAGAAUUAAUUUCAUGCUGCUCAGUGUGAUAGAUAACAAUUAGCAUUUACUGUAUUUACUGGAAUUUAAAAACCCUGAAACUGAUGCCAAUCACACUUCAGGAAUAUAAAUAAUAAAUGCGAGUCACAUUAACAUCUUUAAAAUUAUGCUAGCAUAGAUUUUCUUCAGGGGAUAGCUUUUUGCUGAUAAAUGAACAGUUAUCCUGCUGCCUAUUACCUUAGGUAACGAUAAAGGUGAGCAUUUCAAAUGGGAAUAUACUAUAUGUAUUUAUUGCUGACAAUCUUACAUUGAAAUAAUUGCCAGUUUUAGGGCUGCCACUUGCCCCAGUUAAAAUGUAUCCCCUAAAUCUCAUGGGCACUUUAUGGGAAUGCAUCCAUUAUUGAAAUCCAGUUUCUUCUAGCUGGUGCACACAGACAGGGAGAACAGUGAUGUUUUAUAGCUUUGGACUGAUCUUCCGUAUUCAUCUUGCUGAUGGUGACUUCCUUCUAAGUUCUCUGUGUUUUUAAAGCAUUCAAAUCUACAUUGUGUCUAAAAGCUUUUAUAACUUUCCAUGUAUCAAGAUUGCUGACCAAAUGGCAUUAACCUUCAGAAUGUAAUUUAUGUGCAUGGUUACUGUAUACUGUUAGUCAUCUAAUUGCUCCCUUGUGGGAAUCUUUCCAGUGGACAGAAUAUGAAGCAAAUAACUGCAGCUGAAAUUGUGCUACUGGCUAGACUAACUUCUAUCCUGAUUUCAUCAUCGGGCAGUGAGUUACGAGAUAUUCACUGGUGUUCAUCAUAGCUUUGUACAUAAGUUGUCUGUUUGGUUGUAAUUCCAGAAAACUGCAAUAAACUUUAUCUUAUGUUCUCCAGAUAA